AUGGGGAAAAGCUGUAAAGUGGUCGUGUGUGGGCAGGCUGCGGUAGGAAAAACAGCUAUACUGGAGCAACUGCUGUAUGCUAAUCAUGUUGCAGGUUCAGAGCCCAUGGAGACCCUGGAGGACAUCUACAUCGGCUCCAUAGAAACCGACCGAGGGACACGGGAGCAGGUGCGCUUCUAUGACACCCGUGGACUUCGGGAUGGGAUGGAGUUUCCCCGGCAUUACUACACUUUUGCUGAUGGCUUUGUACUCGUCUACAGCAUCGAUAGCAAAGAGUCCUUUAAGCGAAUGGAGGCCCUUAAGAAAGACAUUGAUCGUUACAGAGACAAAAAAGAGGUGACCAUCAUCGUACUGGGCAACAAGCUGGACAAGAAGGAUGAAAGGAGAACGGACUCCAAUCAUGCCCAGAACUGGGCCAAAAACGAGAAGGUGCGUCUGUGGGAGGUGUCGGUUGUGGACCGCCGCACCCUCAUCGAACCCUUCGUCCACCUGGCUAGCAAAAUGACCCAGCCACAGAGCAAGUCCACCUUCCCUCUGAGCCGCAACAAGAAUAAAGGCAGUGGUUCAACUGACAGCUAA